UCCUAACCCUGACAGAACCUGAUGGAGGCCAGGAAUAGUGAGCUCCCAAGCCUCAAAGCCCCUGAACUCCAGGUGGAACCCAGCACCUCCUGUCAAGCUGCUGCAUCGCUGGUGGAGAGAAAAUUCCAUGUUCUUGUGGGCGUCACUGGAAGUGUUGCUGCCCUAAAGUUGCCUCUUCUGGUGUCAGGCCUUUUGGACAUUCCUGGGCUGGAAGUAGCAGUAGUCACAACUGAGCGAGCCAAACAUUUCUACAGCCCCCAGGAUGUUCCUGUCACCCUCUACAGUGAUGCUGAUGAAUGGGAGAUGUGGAAUUGCCGCUCUGACCCAGUUCUCCACAUUGACCUGCGGAGAUGGGCAGACCUCAUGCUGAUAGCACCUCUGGAUGCCAACACUCUGGGGAAGCUGGCCAGUGGCAUCUGUGACAACCUGCUUACUUGUGUCGUCCGGGCGUGGGACCACAGCAAGCCGCUGCUCUUCUGUCCAGCCAUGAACACCGCUAUGUGGGAGCACCCGAUUACUUCACAGCAAGUGGGCCAGCUUAAGGCUUUCGGCUACAUCGAGAUCCCCUGCGUGAGCAAGAAGCUGGUGUGUGGAGACCAGGGUCUGGGAGCCAUGGCUGAGGUCAAGACCAUUGUGGACAAAGUAAAAGAAAUCCUCUGUCAACGUGAUGGUUUCUAG